CAACCUUUCAUACUUACAUUUGUAGUACAAUUUUCUUAAAAACAAAAAAUGAUUUUUGCAGCAGUGUUUGUUAUUUUGUUAUCAAUUUUUCUUUUAACAAAUCGGAGAUACCGGUGGUUUUAUAUUAUUUGCAAAACUUUAGGGCGUGAUGUUCGGGCCCUCAUCAGGUUCUCCGCCUUAAACUUCCAACUCUGGCGAUACGAAAAAACCCAGCAAAGCGUUGCUAAAAUUUUCACAAAACUCAUCUCGAAACAUCCCCAGAAAGUCGCUUUCUACUUCGAAAACGAAAUUUGGACUUUUGAAGACGUGGACAAAUAUAGCAACAAAAUCGGCAACUUUUUCAAAAACCAAGGCUUCAAAAGGGGCGAUGUUGUAGCCCUAGUGCUCGAAUCUCGACCCGAAUAUGUAACAAUUUGGCUCGGCUUGGGCAAAAUUGGGGUUGUUACGGCCCUGAUUAACAAUAAUCUCGUUGCCGAUGCGUUGGCACAUUCCAUCCAAGUUGCGGAUGCCAAGGCUGUGAUUUAUGGAUCUGACUUUGCCAAAGCAAUCAGCGAUAUUUCGGGUAAAAUCCCCAAAAUGAAACUUUACCAAUUUGCGAAAAAUGGCGGCGAAUUGUUGCCAAACUCUGUCGAUUUGGCAAAAGAAGUGAAAAAGGAAGGAAAUAGACCAUUGACGUCCGAUAUUGCAAAUGGUCGACCCAAAGACAAACUGUUAUUUAUUUUUACUUCGGGUACUACAGGGUUGCCCAAAGCUGCAGUUAUAACUAAUAUAAGGUUCAUAUUGAUAGCCUUGGGUGUCCAUUACAUGACAGUUAUCACAAAAAAUGACAUCAUUUACGACCCUUUGUCCUUAUAUCACAGUGCUGGGGCCAUAAUCGGAGUAGGCCAAUGCAUCCUCAGAGGUACCACAGUUGUCAUAAGAAAAAAGUUCUCAGCAUCGUAUUUCUGGGUCGACUGUAUUAAAUACAGAUGCACGGUCGCCCAGUAUAUCGGCGAAAUUUGUCGCUACAUCCUCGCCGCUCACACCUCCGACGACCGCCCCAUCCCCCACAACGUCACAAAAAUGAUCGGAAACGGCCUCCGGCCCCAAAUUUGGGGCCAAUUCGUGACCAGAUUUGRCGUAAAACAAAUAUUCGAGUUGUACGGCGCGACUGAAGGCAACUCCAAUUUAAUUAACAUUGAUAGCAAAGUGGGGGCUGUCGGUUUCGUUCCUCGCUACGCCUCCUAUUUCUACCCCGUCACGUUGGUGAAAUGUGACGAGGCGACCGGAGCCCCAAUCCGGGGCUCCGACGGUUUCUGUCAACGCUGCGAGCCCGGAGAACCCGGAGUUUGCAUCGGGAUUGUCAAUCCGAAGAAAACCGUCAACGAUUUCGCCGGUUAUGUUGACGCGAAAGCAAGCGAAAAGAAACUCAUCGAGAAUGUGUUCAAAAAAGGUGACCGAUAUUUCAAUUCCGGGGAUAUUUUGAUCCAGGACGAGUUGGGGUACUACUUUUUCAAAGACAGGACUGGCGACACGUUUAGAUGGAAAGGCGAAAAUGUGGCAACUUCGGAAAUUGAAGCWGUUAUCAGCAAUAUUGUUGAUUUGAGUGAUGCUAUUGUUUACGGUGUUGAAAUUCCGGGGACUGAAGGACGGGCCGGAAUGGUCGCAAUCGUCGACCGGAAUAAUACUCUCAAUAUGAAACAGUUCUGUUUAGGGUUAAAAAAUAAUUUGCCCUCAUAUGCGGUACCAAUUUUCGUACGAGUUAUGACCAAAGUUCCUAUGACAGGGACCUACAAGUUGAAAAAAACUGAACUGCAGAAAGAAGGCUUCAAUUUGGACAAAAUCGAAGACAAGUUGUUUCUGUAUGAUGCCAAAAAUGUUGACUACGUUGAAUUGACCAAAGAGAAAUACCAUGACAUUAUGACAGGGAAAAUUAGAAUGUAAUUAGUGUAAAACUAUUUAAAAUGCACUUUUGGUUGUUAUUAGUUUUAAAUAAAUUUGAAUUGCGCGCUGUUA